AGAACCUAUUUAUCAGUAUAGCAUUGUGUUGAGGACCGGAUCCUGGACCGACCUCAUUCUACAAUUGUCUAUUUCAUAUUUUUUGAUGUGUAUUUUAUUUAUUUCAAUGAUACCCGAGCUUUGAAGACACCCUGUUUUGUGGGCGUUAGACGCAUUUGAAGAUAUCUUAGUAUUAUAAUUUCACACCAGUAAUACCCACUCCAUCCUUGUCGCUUCCGUCAUUAUCUUAUUAUAAAUGCAAAUUUGUUCAAAUGUAGUAUAUUAUUUACUUUAUUGUAUAUUUCUUAUUUCAGUUUACGAUAUUAAUGCGAUGAUCUUAAUGUCAAGUUUGGUAUUCAUCGACCUAGAAGAGUGUGUGGAAAGAUUAGAAAAACUCACUUAUACGGAAAAAGUUCCACCUCCUGAAAAACCAAAAAAAAAGAACCCGUAUUAUGAACCGAAAGUCCUUUACGGGGAGUAUUUGCAGAAAAUGCAUGUGCCUGUGUAUAGUACACAUUCGGCCCCCAAGAAGAAACAAAUAAAAAGCAAACCCAUUGGAUAUAAAUUUAAACUACGAAGCGAUGAUUUGGAGAAACGGUUGGAAAGAAAUAAAAAAGCUAAGCAAGCUGAAAGGGUUUGUACUUAUAAAUUCUGGGAACCUCCCAGCACUUUACGAAAUACGGAUCCAAAAAUGGUUGCUUAUGUAAAUAAACUUAAAAUGUUCAAGAAAAAAGCAAAACCUAAACAUAAGAGUCUUUUUAACAACGUACAAUACCUUGUAACGGGGGUAUCUUUUACUGGCGGAACUCCACGCUAUAUUUUAGCAAAUGUUUCCAUUCUGCCUACUGGUUAUAUUCCAAUAAACGGGGGUGUAGUUAAUCGCAACGGGGCUGCCAUAACGGUUAUUAACGGCUAUUGGAAGUUUCCAAAAGAAGUGGUUGAUAAAUGUGACGAGUCAUGCGACUGUCUUACAAAGUGGGAAAAUACAGUGAUGGAUUAUUUAAAAAGUUCAAAAUGCAAAUGUGGUCACCUCUACGAUUUCUAUAAUGAAGGAAAAGCUAAAGAGAAAUGUUUCCAUCAACCAACGAGACACGGAAAAUUAUGGUUCGAUCAGGCGAAGAUUUAUCAGAUGGAUCCGUGGGAAGAUUUUAUCAAGGAUACUAUCAGGGACGCAAUGAUGUCUGGUGAACCUUCGCCUGAACCAUCGGAGUCUACCAUAUCUCCUAUUGGUAUGAAAGAAAAGGACUUAUUAGCGGCCCUCUUAGCAGACUUGUCAGAUACGCCUCUUCUCAUCCCACAUUUACCUAAAGCAAACUUGUUGAAUAAUCUUCAGGAGUGGGUUAGAAAAAGGGUAAAGGGUAAAAUUUUACCGAAACAACAUAAACAGUUAAUUUUGCAGUCACAAAGACGGUGGUUAGAUUUAAAACAUAUGGACUUCAAAGCACCAACAUAUAAAAUUCCAUUUACGUUGAAAGAACUUGAACAUUUUAAUUGGUCUCAUCGAUACAUGGUUCAGACUUUGACAUCUAGAGAGCUAUAG